GAAGUCACUGAACGCACUUUAAAAGAAUAUUAAAAUAGUAAUUGCAAAAUCUGUUGUUUAUUAUCGUACAUUUACUUUGUCAGUAUUCUUAACAAUCUAAGUUUAAACUUUUAUGCUACAUAAUACAAUAUUUAAUGAUUUACUUCUAAAGCGACCAGAUAAUGGGAUACGACUUGACAAGAUUUGGCGAAGGUGAAGUUGAUGAAGAACUAAUAUGUCCCAUUUGUUCGAGUGUUCUCGAAGAGCCAUUACAAGUUGUAUCAUGUGAACAUGCAUUCUGCACAGGAUGCAUUCAAGAAUGGUUGAGUCGUCAACCGACUUGUCCAGUAGAUCGACAACCAAUAACAACAGCGAAUCUUCGACCGGUUCCAAGAAUUUUAAGGAAUCUAUUGAGUCGAUUAAGUAUCUCAUGUGACAAUCAAAUGUACGGUUGCACUCAGAUCCUUAAACUUGACGCUUUGCAAUCUCAUCUUGAAGAGUGCGAGCAUAAUCCAAAACGUCCAUUGCCAUGUGAAAACGGAUGUGGAUUUAUUAUUCCAAAAGAUGAAAUAAAGGAUCACAACUGUGUCCGUGAGCUUCGCUCGCUCUGUCACAGCCAACAACAGAAGUUAAGCGAACUCAAGACUGAAAUAACUGAUCAAAAUCUCACAAUCAACGAGUUAAAACGUGAACUGAAUUUAAUUAAAGAUUUUAUGAGGGCCAUGAGAGUAUCAAAUCCAGCAAUGAGGGCGAUUGCUGAUCAAAUGGAACGCGACGAAGUUAUUCGUUGGUCAACAUCAUUGCCAAGAGCUAGAGUUACUCGUUGGGGUGGCAUGAUCUCAACGCCUGAUGAUUCUCUUCAAAUGAUGGUUAAGCGUGCACUAUCAGAAUCUGGUUGUCCACCUCAUAUCCUUGACGAAUUAAUGGAGAACUGUCAUGAAAGACGCUGGCCUCGCGGACUAAGUUCCUUAGAAACUCGACAGAAUAAUCGAAGAAUCUAUGACAAUUAUUGCUGUCGUCGUGUGCCCGGAAAACAAGCUGUGUUGGUUCUUCCCUGCGACAAUACUCACAUGUCAGAAGAAGUUAUGGUUGAGCCGGGACUCGUUAUGAUUUUUGCCCAUGGAAUCGAGUAAAAUUAAGUCAUGAAUUAUCACCGUAGGAAAUAUUCAUAAGAUGAUUUCUCAUUAUCAGCGUAACUUGAGGUGAAAUAAAAAAUUAAAAUAUAUCGAGGGAUGAGAAUUUUCCUUUGUGAUAAUAUUUCGUUAUAAACAAAAAGGGUAGAAAAGAGAAAGAAAAAGUAAAUUCGUUGCUGUCUUAAAAGUAUCUGCAUCAUUAAUGGCAUGGCCAAGCUCUAACAUUCUAAGCAAAUCAUUCAGAAAAUUUCAUGAUAAUGUCAUUGUUGCUAAUUUAUAUUAAAAGAAAGUUGAAAGUGAAAUCACGAAGCUAAAAAAAAGUUCAUGCGUUCGAAAAUUCUUUUGAAAUUAGAAAAAAGGGCAGUUUAACAUUCACAAGUUAUUUCUUCGUCAUUAGGAUUUCUAAAUGAUUUCACUUCACAACUAUUUUUUCUAAUAUUUACCAACAAUUUUUUAAAAUAUCAACUUUGAGAAAAUACAUAAAAACCUACUUUGUUAAUUUUUUUUCAUUUUAAAAGCAUGCUCAUGAUGUCGACUUUCAAGUAAUUAGCAAUCUAACUAAAUUUUUGAAUUAACGAUAUAAAAAUGAAUCCAAAAAAGUUACUCCAAAUGUUAUUUUUUUUACUUAGCAAACAAACUUAGGUUACUUUUUAUUUUUUGGCAAAAAAAUGAUUUUUGGAAUGUCACAUACCUAAAAAGAAAUAAAAUAUAAAAUAAAAGAAAAAC